AUGCAUAUAACUUGGUACGUGUCAGAGAAGGAGUUCAUCAAUGAUGUCCUCAGGGAUUUCUUAGGUAGAUUUGUUGUUGUCUAUUUAGACGACAUACUAAUCUACUCGUCGGAUCUGGUGUCUCAUCGGAGACACGUGUGUCAGGUUUUCCAAAAACUGAAAGAGAAGAACCUCUUUGCCAAACUAGAGAAGUGUCUGUUUGAGGUAACGGAAUUGCCUUUUCUGGGGUACGUUAUCUCAGAAAGGGGACUAGCUAUGGAUCCAUCCAAACUUUCUGCUGUCUUAGAUUGGCCUCGGCCUAAGGAUCUGAAGGGACUGCAGCGUUUCUUAGGCUUUGCCAACUUCUACCGCAAGUUUAUAAAGAAUUUCUCUGCGAUAGUGGUACCUCUCACUAACCUCACUAAGAAGGAAGCUAAUCCUUCAAAGUGGACGAGAGAGGCAGACAGAGCCUUUGAAACGCUAAAGCAGGCCUUUUGCACUGCGCAAAUCCUUACUCAUCCAGACACUUCCCGACCCUUUGUCCUCGAGGUCGACGCCUCCGAGAGCGUCGGAUGA